GACUCAUCGGUCGGACUCCAUCUGCUAUAAUAGGCGCAUUACUUUAAGAUGUUUUCAAGAGGUGCCAAUGUUUUCCGAUUCGGGAUUAGUUUUAGAAGCUUUUUGACCUCUUCAAAGGUAGGUUUCUCUACCUGUGAGUAAUAUGCUUUGUUCUAAAGCAUUCUCCAAAGGUUGCCGUAUUAGGCGCUAGCGGUGGUAUAGGUCAACCUCUGUCACUGCUCUUGAAACAAUCACCUUUGAUUUCUCAGCUUGCACUGUAUGAUAUUGCUCAUGUUAAAGGUGUUGCUGCUGACCUCAGCCAUAUUGAAACUCAAGCUCAUGUGACUGCACACCUCGGACCAGGAGAACUUGCAGAAUGUCUUACAGGUGCAAAUGUUGUUAUUAUUCCCGCAGGGAUGCCUCGCAAGCCCGGUAAGCUGACUAGUCUUUCCUCUUUGACUAGAGUUUAGGCAAGGUUUAGGGGUUCAAAAUGGACAGUAGUUCGGUUUGAAGAAAUUGUACCACAACCGAUUUUAGUCGGAACACCGUGUUCCUAAUUUCGUCACACUGUUCCUCCUUAACAGAAAGGCUACUGACUUAUGUAAUUGUUGCUUAUGGUAGGGUUAAACGGUGAAACUAAUUUAUAGACGACAUUUAAGCAACGCUAGAAAGACCUUGAGAAUAUCCACGUGCAUAUUACGGCAAAAUCAGGAUUAUAAACCAGUGUGAGGAAUCAGGAUUAGUAUUUACAGUUGAUAGUUAGGGUUAGGAACUAGGUUUAUGGUUCUCACCACGAAUUGACAUCAGAUGUAAUGCCAAAACUAUUUAACCUGAUAGAUAAAUUGAUUUUGCGCCAAUAUUCAAGACCUGUUGUAGGAUGACACGCGAUGAUUUGUUCAAUACAAACGCAUCCAUUGUUGCAGAACUUAUUGACUCGUGCGCUAAAAAUUGCCCGAAAGCAAUGAUAUGCAUAAUCACAAAUCCUGUCAAUAGCACUGUACCAAUUGCAGCUGAGAUUUUAAAACGCCAUAAAGUUUAUGAUCCCAAGCGUCUGUUUGGAGUUACGACUCUUGAUGUUGUUCGGUCGAAUACGUUUAUUGCUCAGGCAAAAGAUCUUGCUGUGCGAAAGGUUUCUUGCCCCGUUAUUGGCGGACACUCAGGUAUUACAAUUCUUCCUGUAAUAUCUCAAUGUAGUCCCCAUGUAUCAUUUCCCCAGGAUGAAAGAGAAAAAAUCACCAAACGCAUUCAGGAGGCUGGUACUGAAGUUGUAGAAGCAAAGGCUGGCGCGGGGUCUGCUACUUUAUCAAUGGCUUAUGCCGGAGUAAGAUUCGCUGUCUCACUCUUAGAAGCCAUUAGUGGUCGAGCUGGCGUGGUGGAGUGCGCCUUUGUAGAAUCAGACGUUACAGAGUGUGAAUUUUUUUCAACUCCUCUUGCACUUGGCGCUGAAGGUGUUGAAAAGAAUAUGGGCAUUGGAAAAUUAAAUGAAUAUGAAAUUGAAUUACUUAAAAAACUCAUCCCAGAGCUAAAAGCAAAUAUUAAGAAAGGCAAAGAAUUUGCAGCUAAAUAUACACCUAAAUAAACUAUGAUUAUGAGUAGUGGUUAUAUUUCCUCCAUCAAGUAAUUUUCUUAGUCAUUCUUGACACAGCCUACAUCUUUCGUCUUUUAUUUUUAAUAAUUUUCUCGUUUUUCUGUAAGAUCUGGAACAACACAUCCUUAAAAAGAUUGUUUACUCCAUUGUUUCAAACUUAAAUCUUUGACUUUCCACCUCAUGCAUAGAAAUGUUGUUACCUGUACUUUUAUCUCUCCUUCAUAUUCGCUUUAAUGUGGUCUUUUGUCUCUUUUUUCCAUUUACACUAUGUGAUUUCCCAACUUUAGUAGCGUUUUACUGCUUCAGUGUGAGUGUUUGUGUUCAAAACAGUACUCAGUUUAUAAUAACUAGGUUUAUUUAUAAUUGAUAUACAUCUCAAAAAAUAAUAUACGUAUUAUUUCCCGGUC